GUGACGAUAUGGAUUCUAGUUAUAUAUUUGACGCUACAUUUGCCGUCCAUUGAAAUGAGAGUAGACGACUUAGAGCAGCCAGUACACAGACAGGGACCGAAACCAGUACAGCAUCAGCCACCAGCCUCUACGCAGAAGCCGAAGACAGUGAGCCAGGCUCACUUGAAGAGAGGGAAGUGCUUCCACAUGUCCCGCUCCCAGUGCCCACCAGAACGCGGCACAUGCGCCAGGGUCGGAGACGCGUCUGUCUUCUGCUGCGACCUGGACAGCAUCAGCCUGAAAGAUGCCUUAGCAAACACAAUGACGCAGAACACGACGAAUCUGCACGUGUUGAACGCGACCAUCGAUGAAUUGGACGUAUCCCAAGCUGUGUUCAGGCGGCUCGUGUCUAUGUCACUCACAGACGGCGAUAUCGGCAAGAUUGUUGGUCAAUUCCCGAAGUACUCAUCGCUAGCGUGUGUGAACAUCUCCAACAACAACCUCACCAGUUCCAAGCUGCAGCCGUCUAUACAGCGCCCGUUUGCGUACCUCUUCAACCUGACGGUCCUGGACGCCUCCGGGAACAACCUCACAGAGUUCCCUCUCAGUCUGGUGCAUAGCAACAGGAAUAUCUCAGUGGAUUUGUCAGGGAACAAGUAUCUUCCAUGCAAGCACUUCCAGAAAGCGAUGUACGAGACCAACAACAGUUCCCUGGUGACCUUCCUCCACUAUAAUCAGACAUACUGCGCACUAGACCUGGAGUUCAACUGGUUCAAAGAUGUGCAGAUUGUGCUGAUCGACCAUCUGCGGGUGCAGAAAGAGCUCAACGCCAGUUGCCGAAGAAUGGAACCUGAGAAUAUCAACUGCACUUGCGUGUUGGAACGUCUGGAGCUGGUGGGGGAAGAGGUGACCAACCUGGUCGCUGUGGACUGCUCCCAGCGACACCUGAAGAGGAUGCCCACCAACCUGCCUCCGAAUACAGUGAAGCUCAAUAUAUCUUACAACAAUAUAACAUCGCUUCAAGCAGUAGGCGAUGAUCCCACAUAUGAACACCUUCGGCAGCUGAUAGUGGACUACAACGAUAUAGUGAACAUCGUGGAGCUGGAGGGCACUAAGUUCAUAGACAACUUCAUCUUCUUCUCCAUUGUACACAAUAAACUUAAAACUAUCCACACAUAUGUGCUAUGGAAUCGUUUCGACACUACGGGCCCUACUUUCUUGAUAGCAGGCAAUCGUAUACACUGCGAUUGUAACACUGAAAAAAUGCUAAAGCCGUGGCUACAGGAAAACUUCAAAAACAUACCGGACUACAAAAGUCUAGAAUGCCAGGACAACAUGGGUGCUGUGGUGGAACUAAUUGAGUCACGUGUCUGCCACACGCCCCGAGAUUGGACAGAUUAUAUCUAUUACAUCAUAGGUUUAGAAGUUUUAAUACUAGUUCUACUUAUUAGUAAAGUCUCUUAUGACUACUGGGUGUUUAAGACAGCAGGCUACUUGCCGUGGCCUGCAAACAAAAUGCCGAGGCUGCCGUGUGACUGGCUGUGCGAGUGAGAUGGAAGACAUCUAUUGGGAUUCCAAGGAAUGUAAUACAUUCAGCCAUGUGUUUAAUGAAUGUGGUAGUGUUAAUCGGUUUUAAAAAGAAAACGGGAUCAUUUUUUUUAAAUAUUUGUUAUACAUUUUGUAUAAAUUAUGAAGUAAAAGAUAUUUUGUUAUCUGUUCUAUUUGAAAUCAGAAUUAAAAGGAUAUUUUUAUCAAAUUUGAUAAUAUUAAAAAUCUUAUAAUAUUAUAAAUAUAAAGAAAAUGUAAUAUAGAAAUAUGUGUUUUAGAAUAUGUUAGAGAUCUCUUGUGUUAAAUAUGUUGUAAAUUUUAAUGUAUAUGUAUAUAAAUGUUGCUGUAUAAUUAAGUAUGAAUUAAUAUACAAGUCCCAAUUUUGAAGUAGUAUGUAGUUAUUGACCGUUUGUUUGGAAUCUCCAAAUAUCUCGAUUAUAUAAAAAACAUGCAUAGCAUUUUCAGGAAGAAUGUCGUAAUAAGGAAAUCUUAAAAUUAUAGGAAAUAUUAUCAUUUUUAUAAUCUCAACUUAUGGUCACUAAUAUGCAGCAAAGAGUUUGAAUGAAAUUAUUUUGUCUAUCGUAAGCAGAGUUAUAUAUUUUUUAAUUUAUUGGGCAUUGGCGAU